GCACAAACCUUAAGUUGCAGACUUUUCUGCCUAAAACUCCUCUCCAACCUCUUCCUUCUCACACAACACCUUUUUGCAAGAACGUUGCCUGCUUGUCCCUUCUCGACAAGCUCAUCCCCAUCAAGCAGCCUUCUCUUCUUGCGCACCAUCACCACCACCAUGUCCUACUCUCGCGAGGACGAUCCGCUCGGCGAGCUCGUGGCCGUUUGCGCGGCCUGCGCCGUGCUGUACACGCUCGCCAUCGUGUACUGGCUCUCCUGCUUCGGUGUGUGCCGUGAUCCUGCGGCUCUCUUUUCUGCCUUUGCCUGCUGGAUCGGGUGGAAGAUCCUGGUGUUGAUCGGCCCUGCCUCUGCGCAGCACGACGCGCCCACACCACCACCAACCCCCUGGAUGCCUGGCUCCUUCCCAGCAUCCCCGCCUUCCGCCUGUCCGCUGUCUCUGGCUGCCUCUCCUCCACCACCAACCCCCUGGAUGCCUGGCUCCUUUCCAGCAUCCCCUCCGCCUGCCCGUCUGCCGCCUCUCGCCGCCUGUCCUCCGCCGCCUGCCGCCGCUCCUGUGCAAGCCAGACCUUGCCGCCCUGCCCCUCAAAUUGGCACGAUCAACCCCGUAGCCAAUCAUGGGAUCUCAGAGCUCAAGGCCAAGCAAUACUGGGACCUUCGCCACGAGGAGCAAAAGGCCCGGGAUUUGGAGCGGUACUGGUACCGCAGAUCUGACAAGUUCAAGGAGGACGUCAGAAAGGCGGAAGAGGAGAGGAAGAGGAAGGUGCAGGAAGAGGAGGACUCUUGGACCCGUUUCUGGGCCCCAAUCCGCGCCAGAGAGGCCAAGGAAGCCGCCGAGAAGGCCGAACGGGAGCGACCUCUGCCCUCCGACCCUGUCCGCGAGCAGAAGAGCCUGGCCGCCUUCUCUGCUGCCCUACGCGUUGGUGGCAAGAGCAGCGGCUCACUCUUCGAGCCCGACUACAUCCCGGAGGACAUGCCGGUGAAGUACGUCGCCGUCCGCGCCUGCGGGACAAUCUUUUUCGCUGCGACCUUCCCCUCGGCCGAACCGGCGCCUCCCCCACCGCCGCAACAGCAGCAGCAGUACUUCGCGCCGCCUGCUUUCCCCUUCGUGCCGGCUGGGCCGCCUCUCCAACCAGCACAGCGGCAGCAGCAGUACCUCGCGCCGCCUCCUCCCUCCUUUGUGCCGGCUGGGCCACCUCCCCAACCGGCACAGCAGCAACAGCAACAGCAGCAGCACGCUGUCCUCCUCUCUCCGGCCGUCGGCGCACCUCCCCCGCCGCCUCACCACCAGCAGCAGCAAAUGCUGCCCACCAUCGCCGCCUCCUGGGUCCCCGACCCAAUGGAGGACGUGCAGUACCACCCAGUGGCUGCACCUCCUCCUCCGCCACCUCAGAACCCCUCUGGGGCGCCCACAGGGCUGCUCCCAGACUUCUCGAGCCUGGCGAUCUCAACGCCAGCUCCCGCGGCAGCGGCAGCUGCGACUCCCGCUGCUCCGUCGAGAGCGGUGCCUCCGCCGCGGUCGGCCUUUGCGCCAAUCUCCUUCUCUUUGGCUGGUGCCGUGCCCGCUGCGCCCGCUCCCUUCAGCGUCGCGCCCGCCGCACCUACCUCCACUCCGCUCGCCUCCGCCGCGAUGGCGCCAGCGGCACCGAGAAAGGUCGCUCCUCCGGCCUCUGCUCGCGUAGCCGCGCCGAUGGCGCUCAGUUUCCUCCCGGCCGGCGCCGCCACCUCCACUCCGCUCCCCUCCGCCGUCGCCGCCGCGCCAGCGGCACCGAGAAAGGUCGCUCCGCCGGCCUCUGCUCGCGUAGCCGCGCCGAUGGCGCUGAACUUCCUCCCGGCCGCCGCGCCAAAUCCCUUCGUGUCUGCGCCUGCUGGAGCACCUCCUUCUGCUUCCAGCUCCGGUGUUGCUGGACCUUUGCCGCCGUCGAAAAAGGCCCAGGCAAACCCCUUGACCGACAAGGGGGCGGAUUACGCCGCUGCCCGCGUCAUGAUCAAGGGGUGGACGGACGCCGUCCAGACUGGACUUGGCAGACACCGCACCAGCAUGAAAGCCAUCAAUGAUGUGAGGCAGGGGUGGUUCAGGACGACGAAGAGCAUUGACGGCGUCAUGUUUCUCACGGAUUUGCGCAAGCGGAUGAACUGGAUCUGCGAGUGGGCCAUCAUCCCCGGCACCAACGACCUGGACAAGCAGAGACUGGCGCCACACAUGUACGCCGCUCUGGGACUCAAGGGCGCCGAGUUUGACGACUUGUACAGCGAGAUUAUGAAGGGAGAGCAGGUCAUCACGCAAAUUAUGAACACGAGGAACUUGAUCACGGAGGCGAGAGAGGCGCUGGACAGGGUGAAGAGGGACUUGUACUGAGCUGGACGUCAUGAGACACGACUGACUACCGAUCUAAGAGAAAACGCCAGAGAACGCCAUCGCUAAGGGUGAGGCAGGAACGGAAGGCGCUCGAGUGCUUCGGAGGACCACUUCGGUGCGCUUCAUCCGAACAUCUCGUCGUACUCUCCAUCCUCUUCGUC